AUGGAUAUCCUCAAAGUCUUGUCGCGCGGCACCAAAAAGAGCGCAAAAUCCUCGCUCUCAGGCGGCAGCGCCGUGGGCAAACUCCCGUCCUCGGGGACAAAGACGAACCCGCAGCUCUACCACGACGAAGUUCGCGGCCACAAGCGAAAGCGCGAUGUCGAAGAGCCCGAGAACAAGAUCCCCGAGGUGCUUCCGGAAGUCGACUUCUUUGCGCCCAAGGACGUUGCCGAGUCGAAACCUGCAAAGGCCGAGUCGAAAAAGGGCAAGCGAGCGGCGAGCCCCGUCGUUGAGGCGGCCAAGUUGCUGAGUGCGGAUGAGUGUCGCCAAUUGCUGCGAUCGCAUCGACUCAAGGUCACGCUGCUGUAUAAGCGAGAGGAGCAACACAAGGUCAAGAAGUCUAAGAAGAAGAAGGCUGUUGUUGAGGUCAAGAAGGACAAGAAGCCGCAGUUGGCGCCGCAGCCAUUGGAGUCUUUUGGCCAACUGCGAAGCACAUACAACCUCUCUCGACGGGUGGCUGAGAACCUGUCGUAUCAGGGCUAUAAAAUACCGACGGAGGUCCAGAUGGGAAGCAUGCCGUUGCUGAUUCGGCCUGACGUGGCCUUGAGUGAGGAACAGGGACUGGAGAAUGGUGUUGAUUUGCUGGCUGUUGCGCCAACUGGAAGCGGAAAGACGAUUAGCUUUCUUGUGCCAACAAUCAACAACAUUAUGAGGAGGAGAGCGCAGGAUAAGCUACAUGGUAUUCAUGAGCUCGAGGCCAUUGUCAUUGUGCCAACCCGAGAGCUUGCCUACCAGAUUGUCAAUGUUGGCAAUCAGUUGGUGAAGGGAACUGGACUCAAGGUGGUCGGCAUGAGAAAGGGCAUGAUUCUUGCUGCCGAGAGCCAAGAUAUCGGCGAAGACAGCUCAGAUGAGGAAGAAGAAAAGGCGGAGGAGUCCGAAGAAGAGGACGAAGAGGAAGAAGAAAAAGAUGCGAGGCCGAAAGUGGUGUCAAAAGUGGACAUUUUGAUUACAACACCUCUUCUGCUGCUCAACUUCCUAACGUCUGGGUCAGCGAACACUCAAAAGGUCUUACCCACCGUCCGAAACCUGAUACUGGACGAAGCCGAUGUUCUCCUCGACCCGUUGUUCCGCGAACAAACUCUUGGUAUCUGGACGGCCUGCAGCAACCCAGAUCUUGGACUUUCAUUCUGGUCCGCAACCAUGGGCUCCAAUAUCGAGACGCUGGUUACGGAAAGGCUGGCUUCGAGGGCUGAGUCUUUGAGCAUUCCCCAAAGGCCACUGGUUCGCUUGGUUGUCGGCCUAAAGGAUACGGCCGUGCCCAAUAUUGUGCACAGGCUGAUUUACACUGCGAGCGAACAGGGAAAGCUUCUCGCUCUGCGGCAGCUCUUGCGGCCUACUUCGAGCAUUGACUCGGGACCGCCAUUGCGGCCACCUUUUCUCGUGUUUACGCAGACUAUUGAUCGAGCUACUGCACUGCAAGAGGAACUCAAGUAUGAUAUCCCGCUUGAGGCAGGCGGUUCGUCUAGAAUAGCUGCUUUGCAUAGUGGUCUUCCAGAUGCAGCCCGAGCAGCCAUCAUGCGCAAGUUCCGGGCUGGCGAGAUUUGGGUUCUCAUCACGACUGAUGUCCUAGCCCGAGGUGUUGAUUUUGCUGGCGUCAACGGAGUCUUGAACUACGACGUGCCCGGCUCGAGUGCCGCCUACGUGCACCGUGCAGGAAGGACGGGGCGAGCUGGUCGAGAGGGCGGCAUAGCCGUCACAUUCUAUACCAAGGAGGAUAUUCCUUUUGUCAAGACUGUGGCCAAUGUCAUUGCCGAGAGUGAAAAGCAGGCCGGCAAGACAGGGGACGAGGCUGGAGUGCAGAAAUGGCUGCUUGAUGCGCUGCCGAACGUGGGCAAGGAGGACAGGAAGAAGCUCAAGGAGAGGGGUGUUGAGUCGAGAAGGAGUGGAAACAAGGCCAUGAUUACAUCCAAGAGCGGAUACGAGCGGCGCAAGGAGCAUAACAGGAAGGGUGCUAUUGAGGGAAGCAAGAAGAGGAAGUUGGAGGUCGAUGAUGAUAAAGAUGGUGCCAAGGGCAAGGGAGAUGGUGAAUGGGGUGGAUUUGACGAUUAG